AUGAGUUCUAAUUAUCGAGGCAGCUUUGUUAGUUGGAAAACUAGCAAUUCGUUGAGUUAUCCGUAUAAUAAUCCAUACGGAAACCGUCACGAAGCGAACCCAUUUGGAUACAAUCCGGAGUUUCCUUCGCUUCAUAAUACUCAGGGAUCAUCCGGUUUUUAUCAACAGCAGCAGUAUUUUGCUUCACACAAGGAAUAUAAUCCAGCAUUCUCCGGUUACUCGAAACCUGUUUAUUCACGGGAUUAUACGUUCCAGAAUCGUCGUGGAGCGUUUCCAAAUUACUCCAGAUACUCGAAAAACGACUCGCGUGUUGCAAGGCAUAGAAUCACGCAGUCGAGCAGAGGCACGCUGAAGACCAAAAAGAGCACGUCUUCCGCAUUUCUCAGCACUACUGAAUCAUCGUCAACAAGUUCCCAAGUGCUCAAAGCUGAGGACACACUACAGAGCGACGACCAGAAGCCCGGAAAGACUCGCCACGCAUCGUCGGACAAGCCAGAUAUUUCAGUGCUGAAAAUCAUUUCGCCGAAAAAGGGUACGAAAAAUCCGCGUAAAUCCCACGCGGGUAAGGUUGAAGCGGGUCCAAAGCGUGUAACAUCAUCAGGCUCUGGUUUAAGGAAAAACAUGAGCUACAUGCCAUUCGGAGGUGGAAUGCCUCGUGGUGGAAUCCCCAUGAUGCGUGGAGGUCGAGGAAGAGGAGGUGGACGUAGGUUCAUGAUGAAACCCAACAACAAUCCUAUGGACAUUCCAUUCAAACCGCUUCCUGAUGAUGCCCCUGCUAUCAGCUUGACUAUCGAUCCGGAUAAUUUCAUCUGUUUCCACGGGUUUUCUAGUAUUUUCACGACACAACACACGUUCCCAGUCUUAAUCGAGGGGAAGAUUUACGAAAGUGGCGAUCACUAUUAUCAGAUUCAAAAAGUGCACGAUCUAUGUGGAACAGUUAGUGACAAAUUGACGGAAACAGUACGAGACGAGAAGGGGCGCCGUCUUGAUGGAAAAGUUGGGUUUAGUGAGCACAGAGAUAAGAGCUUCAGUCAGAUUGCCAAAGAUGUUAUUCGGCUCAAUAAUGUGGAUAAGAAAAAAGUUGAUGAAUGGCGAUACUCCAAGGGACUUGAAGUUAUGCAGAAAGCUCUUUUCGCCAAGGUGUCUCAAUCUGUUAUGCUCCGUCAGGCGUUAUCUGAAAGUGGCAAAAAGAUUCUAGUGCACGCAUUCCCUGGUGACAGUAUUUACGGAGCUGGAUGCAGACACGCACAGGUGAAGAAAUGGUGUGAGAGCAUGAAGGCCAACGGAGCUACUACUAUAAGGAUCCCAGCAACAUUCCCUUUGACUUCUGAAACUGUUGUGAAUUGUCCGAACUUUGCUCAAGGACGUAAUGUGCUUGGUGUUAUUCUUAUGCAGCUCAGAGAGAUGUUGCGGGAGAACAAAGUGCCAAUCGUAGACUUAAGUUCGGUAUUUGAUUCGCUUCGUAUUGGUACCAACAACGUCGACGCAACCAUGGACGAUCAGGACUGCGGAGAUGGAUUCGCCAUCGGUGGUGGAAGCAUCCAGGCGAAGAUUGGAGGAGGCACAACGAAGACAUAG